UAUUCUGGGACAGAAAGUGAGCGGCGCUAUGGCUGAUGAGAAGAAAGCACAGCAAGCCUCCAAGAAGGGCGCGAAGAAAAUCAUCAAGAAGACGCCAGCGAAGGGCGGCAAGAAGAAGAAAAGGACUAGGAAAGAAAGUUACUCCAUCUACAAAGUGAUGAAGCAGGUUCACCCCGACACCGGCAUCUCCUCCAAGGCCAUGAGCAUCAUGAACUCGUUCGUCAACGAUAUUUUCGAGCGCAUCGCGGGGGAGGCUUCCCGCCUGGCCCAUUACAACAAGCGCAGCACCAUCAGCUCCUGGGAGAUCCAGACCGCCGUGCUGCUGCUGGCCAAGCACGCCGUGUCGGAGGGCACAAAGGCGGUGACCAAGUACACCAGCUCCAAGUGAGGGACCGCAUUGCGCUGAAACAAACACACAUCCACGACCCA